AUUUGCUGAUGAGUUGGUUUUCAACCUACACCUACACAUUUGAAGACUUCAAGCAUAUAGGUGUACCAAGGAUGAGACUGCUGCCGGCGAAAACGAAAGUCAAUGGAGAUCUGAUAGUGCAGACGAGUACGCUUGCGAGAGAGCUGAAAACAACGCAUUUUGCAGAAAUGCUUUCUGACUCAUUGGAAACGUGGAAGGAACUCGACGUAGAAGUCGUGCAUAUCAGAAUCGAACUGCAGGAUUCAUUUCUCGUGCCGCUUUUAGCAGAACGAGGGUUCAAGUUCUCUUUUGUGACCACUGAUGAAGUGACAAUGUCGAAAUGGUUGCCGAAUAGUGUAUCUCCACUUGUACCACUUGGAUGCAAUUACCAUAGCGUUGCGUGUUUGGUCGUGGAUGAGUUGGGUCGCAUUUUGAUGAUUAAGGAAUUGAAACGCAUCAGCAUGGGAUGGAAAUUUCCUGGUGGAAAAGCUGAAAAUCGGGAGAAGAUAUUUCAAACCGCAAAAAGAAAGGUUUUGGAAGAGACUGGAGUGCAUGCCAUACCUGAAGCUAUCAUUUCGUUGAGUCACAAAGCUGCUCUGCAUUACUCCAACACCGGCACAUUCUUCUUCUGUUGUUUGAUGCAUAGUAAGGAUGGCGAGGAACAAAACGAACCCGAGCAUCCUCAUGAAUACGUUGUGUCUUGGUUCACAAGAGAAGAGUUGCGAUCUCUCGACAAAGAAGAGUUCUUUGAUCAUCAUCGCGAUAUAUUCGUAGAAUACGAUAAAUGGAUGGAUUCCAAUGCCGACAAACCUUUCGCUGCCUCUAAUAAUGGAUGGAAAAUUUCAUCGCUAUUCCUUUUUUCUAAUGUCUGAAAAUCUCUCUGUGUUCUACUGCUUUGACUUCAUUCAGUUUUCAGAAUUCUUCAGGAGAUGCUAAUUAAUUGGUGCUAUUAGUUGUAACUCGAAGCAAUAGACUUUUUUGUAAAAUUUUCAGUGUAAUUUGUGUGCACUCUACACUGC